AUCACACAAGUAAGGCCUUGGAGGGCGGGAAAGAUAAGUGCUGGAGGUGUUUGAGUAACCGGCAUGCGGAAGAGGACUGUUAUUUUCGCCGAAAGAAAUGCUUUCAAUGUUUUCGUUAUGGACACACCAGUGCAGCCCACCGAGCUGGCACGGUGAACAGUGUGGGGAUGUUACCCGAGUCUGAGUCACAGGAGGGUGCCGAGGGUGGACUGGAGAUGGAAGUAGAGACUGGUGAGGUUGACGCUCUGGUUAGCGAUCUGUUCACAUGUGCAGAGGAGCGGCCGAGUCCGGUGAAGCCUCCUAUCAAGGUCGACGUCAGCAUCAACGGUCAGUCGGUGCAGAUGGAGCUGGACACCGGCGCCGCCGUCUCCGUCUGCACGUACCGCCGCUUCAAGGAGCUCUGGCCGGACGGAGACAGGCUGCUGCAGCCGAGCAGCCGUCUGCUUCGCACGUUCUCCGGUGAGAAGCUCUCAGUCCGAGGUGAGGCGUGGGUGAACGUGCUGUAUCAGGGUGUCAGUCAUCGAUUGCCAUUGACUGUGGUGGAGAGUAACGGUCCGAUGUUACUAGGCCGUAACUGGUUGGGAGAGAUCAAGUUGGACUGGCACAAUAUUUUUGCGAUGACUCUGAGUCCAGCCAUGGGAACACUGCUCGAAAAAUACUCCGAGCUAUUCAAGGACGAUCUGGGCUGUGCGAGGGAUGUAGAGCUCAACAUUCCAGUGGAUCCAGCCGUGAAGCCCAUCUUCUACAAGCCUCGGACGGUGCCACUCGCCUACCGGGAGAAGGUGGACGCCGAGUUGGAGCGGCAGAUCAAGGAAGGUUUGUUGGUGCCGGUCAAGUGGAACGACUGGGCGACGCCCAUCGUGACCUGCCAGAAGGCCUCAGGACCACCAGAACUCGCUGGAGGUGGUGCUACAGCGGCUGGUGGCGGCCAACCUGCGCCUGCAAAAGAAGAAGUGCAAGUUUGGAGUGUCAUCUAUCACCUACCUGGGACACCGCAUCAGCGCGGACGGCGUGAGUCCGACCGACGACAAGCUGCUGGAGACUUGCCAGAGCCCGGCGAGACUCUGCACCUGGUGGAGAUGAUGGACGCUUCGCCAGUGACCGCCGCUGUGGUUCGACUGGUGACUGAACGUGACGCCACCCUCAGCAGAGUGCUGCAGUACACCCGAGACGGCUGGCCUGAGGACAAGAGCGGCGAGUCACCGGAGUUAAGUGCAUAUCGCAUGAAGCAAGGUGUCGGGACUGGCCGGCGUCGGCAGGACAACACGCUGGCUACCCGGACACUGCAUCAACAUCUCGGGACUCAAGCUCACGGUCCGGCUGGACGACGGACGAAUCCUCCAGCGCCAUCUGGACCAGGUGGUCCCGAGAGCGGUCGCCGGGAGCCAGGCCGUCCGACAGCCGACGGACUGGACGGCGGCGCCGCGGCCUCCUCAAACGCCGCCGACGUCGCUGCCGACAACUCCAACGUCGCAGGCGACGCCUUCGCCGCCGACGCCCUCACCGCCGACGCCUUCCCCGCCGACUCCCACGCCGCUUCCGCCACCGCCAGCGGAAUGUCCGGAACGGGAGAGGCCUUCGUCUCCCUUCCCAGUGGGGCGGCCGGCUCGUGGGUUGGAGGGACGGGACGUUCAUUCAUACGUGCGCACGUGCCAUGCCGUGAGCGUCUCGGUGACGGCGAACUGACCUCUCCGACGCGGACGGCGCGGUCGGGGCGGCACGGCGGCCGGCGCCGACACUUUCAGUGCGCGCCCGUCGGCGGUGAGCUGUGGACCGGCCCCGGCGCACUCAGGGCGCGCGGCGCCGGCGUGCCGAUGACGGUCCGGGCCGCGCUGUUGUUCGCUGCUCUCCUGGUGGCCGCGCUCGGCGCCGAGGGCACCCCCGGCCGGCGGCGCCGGCACGGCUGGCCGGCUCUGAUGUCCGAGCCGCUCUCCGGCCGUCGGCACUCACAGACGCACGGCUCGGUGCGGCGCAGUCUGGCCCUGUCUGACGGCUCGUGGAGGCCCGGUCAGGGAGCGGUGCCGAGACUCCGGCACGGUCACGACCUGCGGCGCCGCUGGGAGCGGCAGCGGACCCGCCGGAGGGGACGUGCCGAGGCAGCCGUCGUCUCUGAGUGGCCGGCGCACGCCAGCGAGACGCCGCCGCCGUUCCGCAUCUCGGACACGCUGACAGAGAUUCUGACGGAGUCGGAGGAGCAGUACCUGCGGGCCCUGACCUCCCAUCAGGAGCUGGCCGCCGCCGGUGACGGCGCCGGCAGCACGUCCCCGAACCCUCCGCAACGCACCGCCUCGCCCACGCCCGGCCAGCAGGACCCCGAGCUGGGUAUUGUCACCAAAUUCCUCCAACUGGUGGAGUCGCAGCAGCGGCUCGGAGAGAACUGCACAGCCGGAACAGACUUCCAGCUGGAGGGUGUCGUCGACCGCUACGGCCAGGAGCGCUUCAGGUACCAGGCCGAGCUGACUGUCAAGAUGGCCAACCUCCUCACCAGGCUGUGGAAGUUCUCGCCAGAUGUAAUGGACAAUGAAAACUUAUUAAAAGCGCUGGUGUUAUCACUUACUGAGGCGGACGAUGACAUUUUUGCCGCCGGGAACUGCUAUGACCAGAAACAGUACAAGGACUAUCACUUGUUUUGUCCGUUCGCUUAUCGGCUCCCCGAGGGCCCUAUCCUGCUGAAGGAUUUGGCUGUCGAAUACGACUACCUUUCAAACACGUCCGAAUGGUACUUCACUGCCAGGAAGAGGGCUGCAAAACUCAUCAGAGAAACGGCAGGCCGGCCUGAACUUGAUUAUCAAACGUUCUCGACGGUGGCAAACGCCAGUGGCGACCGCAUCAAGGAGACCAUCAAACAGGUCACCUUCACCGAUGGCUUCUGGAGCAAGCCGUACUACGACUGCGGCGGCGGCAACAUCUGGAUGAUGACCUACACCGUGCCGUUCUUCGGCUUCGAGAACGGAACGUACUUCUUCAAAGGCACGAGCGGCAUCGACAUCGACCUGCGUCGCGUCGACAUCGACCAGUGUCCGCAGAGGCGCAACAGCUCCGACGUCAACAUAUUCGCCGGCUCCGACAAGUGCAAGGAGCGGACCACCCAGUGUGUGUCGGUGGCCGGCCUGGGUUUUCGUCGCGGCAGCUACAAGUGCCAGUGUCGUGACGGCUUCUACUUUCCCGAGCCGGGCCCGUACCGCUACUACAACGGAACCGUCAUUGAAGACGAGUUUGAGAAGAAACUGCAGGGUCUACCGUCGCGGUACGACGACCCGGACAUGUUCGAGUGUCUGCCCUGCGCGGAGGGAUGUGACACGUGCGAGGAUGGCCGUCCGUGCCUACUCACCCUGAACUGGGUGAUGCGCACCACCAUCCUCAUCCUGGCCGCCGUCAUCAUCGGCAUGCUGCCCUUCUUCGUCUUCUUCACUGUCAAGUACGGAGAGAUCAAGGUGGUUCGAGCGGCAAGUCCCACACUUCUGAGAAUUAUCAUACUGGGGGCAUUCUUCAUCUACUCAACGACGAUCGUGUCAUACCCGGAGCCCAAUGUGGUGACCUGCACCGUCCAAUGCUGGCUGAGGGAGAUCGGCUUCUCGCUCUCCUACGGCGCUCUCAUGCUGAAAACAUGGAGGAUAUCCGUCAUCUUCCGCGUGCGUUCUGCCAAGGCGGUCAAGAUCACCGACCUGGACCUGCUGAAGCGUCUGGGUGUGCUGGUGGCCGGUUUCGCCACCCUGCUGGGAGUCAGGUCCAUGGUGGCGCCGCCCUCUGUGGUGAUCGCGCGCAGCGCAGACGGUCUGAAGACCCACCUGUGCCACACGGGCUGGUGGGAUCACGCCUUCUCAGCCACCGAGAUGUUGUUUUUGGUGUGGGGUAUCCGGCUGUGCAUUGUCGUCCGCAAGGCGCCCUCGGAGUUCAACGAGAGCAAGUUCAUCUCACUCACCAUCUACAACGAGUUCUUACUGACGAUUCUGCUCAACAUUGCCACGCUAUUUCUCAAAUCACCGGCGAACCCUGACUUGCUCUACAUUAUCUUCUUUCUGCACAAUCAGCUGACGAUCACAGUUCUUCUAGUUCUGAUCUUCGGCAGCAAGGUCUACAUGGUGAUGAAGGGCCAGGGCCGCUCGGAAGGUGCCAACUCGUCGGCCCUAAAGCCGUCAUCGGCCAAGUUUCUGGGCGGCAGCAAAAACUCAGAGCCAGUUGGGUCGAAUCCGGCGCCGACCAUCGGCGGCUCCAUGGGCUCGCUGGACCUCUUCAAGCUGUCCGACGUCAACAUACAGAACGAGCUGGACAAGGUGACGCGCUACCUGGAGCUGCUCGUGUCGCGGGGCAGGCCACUCGGUGACGAUACCUGGCACGCCCAGCUGGAGGCCAUGCUGGCGGCCGCGCGCGGCGAGAGCGCCCACCGCGCCGUCGACCGGGCCAUGCAGGACGGCAUGGGCAUCGCGCCGUCGCCCAAGGUGGACUCGAUGUUGGCCCAGGUCACCGGUCAGCUGGUGACAACCGUGAUCCGGGAACACACUGCGCCGACCGGCGAGGCUCGGCUCGAGACCCCGCCGCCGUCGGUAGCCCCGUCGGCGCCGCCGGCUGAGGUCGGGCCCUCGGUGGUGCUCGGGUUCGAGGGAGUGGUGGUGGACGGUGGACGGGCGCCGCAGCAGGGUGCGACCCAGCGCCAGGAAGUGGCGGUGGACGCGACUCCGUACGUGGUGAUGGCCGAGGCGCAGGUGCAGACGUGUGCGGCCGGGCGCGGCCAGAAGCGCCACUCGGCCACGCAGACGAUCCGCACCAUGGCGGCUCCGCUGGCGUCUGUGCCGACCGAGACCGACAUCAGCUCCUCCGGGUCAUCACUGCGCCCCUCCAGCUCCGGCUCCGACUCCAGCCGCUCCUCCGGCUCCGGCUCCGGCUCCGACUCCGGCUCCGGCUGCGACCCGGCCGACUCGGCCUCCGAGGACUCCGGCAGCACGUGCGAGUGCGCGCGGUGCGGAGCCAAGGGAGUGCGACCGCCCGCGGCGGCACCGCCAGAGGCCGGGUCGGCGCGUCUUCCCGUAACCAGAAAGAGGAACGCGAGGCACCGGCGGCGGCCGCGGUCGCUGCAGGCCAUCCGGCUGAGCGAUCGUUCUCGGUUUACCGAGGCAGUGACAGUGUGAGUGGUGACUGCCGCGGGACGGUGUCAGUGUCAGACAGUGACACGUUACAGUGACAGUGUCAGACGGUGCUAGAAGCAGCGGUGAGCUGUGGUAUGUCCGAGGACGCGAUAUGUGUAAGAACAGGUGAGAACAGUGGUGAACAGAGGUGGUGGGGACUGGCAGAGACGGUCGUCGGUCAUAGUGCAUGGCGGGAUGGCCUAAGGACAGUGAGGUAUGAAUGCUGGUGGGACCUGUGUGUGGCAAUGGAUAUUGAUGGGAUUAGAUUGUGCUGUGUUGGGUCGGCUCCUUGGUUACCGAGCAAAACUAUUAGUGGGUUCAUUCAGUCCAGAAAUCGAUGUUUUGCUCAUUGAUGUGCAUAAUGCUUCGAAAGUCUCUUCUUCAAAACGUGAUGUGCUUGAUAUGUGUAUUGUUUUUGUCGUUUUGAAAAGUACGAGUAUUUCACUUUUGAACUGUUCGUUGUAAUUUUCCUGUUGAAUGUUAAAUAUUGAUUUUAGCUCCCAGGCAAUAAAUAAAAAAAGUUUACAAAAGAAUUAGAUCUCUUCGUGAUCAAUAUCAAUUUCAUCUCGCGUUGAUUUUCAUUCAUUCAGUUAAUCUCCAAUAUUUAGGUAUAAUCCGUUGGGAGGGAGCCAAUGUCAUUAUUAAACCCUGCGUUGCGGAUGAACGUUAAUUAGAUACUUUAAUUUGGCCAGGAGGAGACUGUAAUAAUCGACUCUGGCGAGUGUUUCAUAUGGGAUGACGGAUUCGUAGUGUCGCUCGAGUAUGUAACGGUGUUGGUUUGAGUGUAAGGAUGCAGCCGAGUCUGGCAUUUGUCGUGUCCGGUCCGGACCGCCGCUGGUCUCGGCCCGUGGUCUCGGACCGCGCUGGUCCCGGACCGCUGCGGCCUCUCGUUGUCCGCUGUCGGUCAGUGAGGGACCGAUCGGUAUGUGGUCGGUCAUUCACAUCCGGCGCUCAAUGUCUCGCUGUGUCAGACAUGUGCCAUAAUGCCAAACGUAUCUUUAUUGCCGUUGUCUUCAGCUGUUAAUGCAAUGAAGAGAGCA